AUGCCUAGACAUCGAACUGAGUCAGAGAAAAACUUUUAUACACAUCUUGACUCUCUAUCUCAUAUAGAACAAGAUUUGCUAAUAUACAGAAGGGAAAAAGUCAGACUCGAAAGACACUUAAGAAUGGAGGAAAGAAAUGUACUUCCCUCACUCAAUGAAAGCUUUCCAAAAGAAGAGGCCAUGACUGCACCUUCUAGUGACUAUGACAUUGUUAACCAAGGUAAUAAGGCUAUGACCCACUACCUAAACUCAUCGAACUUGAAUGGAUCUGAUCAAUCGCAUUCAGCUGUGAAUCUCAAUCAGCAUGGUGUGAAUCUCAAUCACCAAAACAUAACCCCAAAUUCCAACACUGUAGGAAUUUCUCAAGGUGUAAAUUUCAAUCACCAAGGAUCAACUCCUGAUCCAGGAAGUGCAGGACUGAUGGAGCUAAUACAAAAUCCUCAAGCCUUAACAAGCUUGAUUCAACUUCUCCAACGUCUCGUGCCAAAUGAUAACAGAAGCACAAGCUCUGUUACUGCUCAAUCACCACAACCUCAACCACACGCUUACAAAGCCUUCUCAGGAACUGAGCAGAAAAAUCCAAGAGAUAGUUAUUCACUAGACAUAUGUGGACCAAUUAACUUGGGAAGUAGAUGGAGAUAUAUAUUAUUGAUGGUGGAUGUAUUCAGUUCUUAUUGGAUUGCAAGACCAUUGAUCCAAACUACAAGUGAGGAGAUAAGAGAGGAGAUGAUGGUAAUAUUCUUAAACAGUGGUUAUCCGAAGCAAGUCCGUAUGGAUAAUGCUAGUUAUCUACGUAGUGAGAAAUUAUCUAAAGCACUUAAGGAGUUAAAUAUUGAAGUAUCUUUUACAACACCGUAUGCUCAUAAAGGAAACACAAAGGUAGAAAGAGGAUUUCAUACAUUGGAGAGCAUGUUGAGUAAAUGCAUGAAGUUAGACAACAAUAACAAAUCAUGGGAGGAAUUUCUUCCUGUCUGCACUUACUAUUAUAACACUGCAGCGAUGGAUGAUUGCGGCACUACACCAUAUGAGUUGUUUUAUGGAACUUCACCAAAUGUUCCAGAAGAAUCACAUUUAAAUGCUAGUCCAGGAUUAGUAGAAAAGGAUAUACAAUUAGCUGAGUGGAAAUACAAAUUGGCAAUUGUAAGAAAUACAGCUGCGGCCUUAAAACUAGAUAGAAAAUUAAGAAAAAUGAAUAAAGUUAAAAAUUGGAUAGAAUUUGAAAUAGGUCAGAAAAUAUUGGUAAAGGAUAUUACUAAUAAAAAUAAAUUUAAAGAAAACUAUAUAGGACCUUUUACUAUUCUUGAUAUGGACGAAACUACCUUAUCAUAUAAGAAAGGAAGAAACAAAAUCUUCAAAGUACACAAAUCGGAGUGUAAACCUUACAAGGAGAGUCAAGAUUUAUCCGUGGAUGAGUGA